GAGAGAGAGAGAGAGAGAGAGAGAGAGAGAGAGAGAGAGAGAGAGAGAGAGAGACACGCAAGACAGAGGGGCCUGGGUACUGGAGUGUAGAGACCCCACAAACUUUGCGUUUCAAGAAAAUACUGCACGCAGACCUAUCUCAGAUCGUUUGCUUUAUACAGAAGGAACCCUGCGGAUGUGUUCCCAGACAGCUGCUGACCCAGUGAACCCUUGAAGACUGCCCCCAUUCCCCAGCACCAUGUCCCAGCUGCUGCACAUGGAGAUCCCCAACUUUGGGAGCACGGUGCUGGGCUGCCUGAAUGAACAGAGGCUGCAAGGACAGUACUGCGACGUGUCCAUUGUGGUCAAGGGCCAGGCCUUCAAAGCUCACCGGGCGGUCCUGGCUGCGAGCAGCCUGUACUUCCGCGACCUCUUCAGCGGCAGCUCCAAGAGCCACUUCGAGCUGCCCUCCACGGUGCCUCCAGCCUGCUUCCAGCAGAUCCUGUCCUUCUGCUAUACAGGCAAGCUGACCAUGGCAGCCAGUGAACAGCUUGUCAUCAUGUACACAGCUGGGUAUCUGCAGAUUCAUCACAUUAUGGAGCGCGGCAUGGACCUCAUGUUUAAAGCCAGCUCCCCUCACUGUGACUCCCAGACUGCAGCUGCGGAAGACCCAGGAUCAGAGCCCCAAAGCCCCAUCAAUAACAACCUUGGACAGGCUGCAGCCACCACGUUGAUCUCUACAGGCUGGUCCCCGACGCUGCCUCUUUCCCUGCGCAACCGCAUCAAACAAGAACGCAUGGAGUCCCCUCUGGCUCUCCAAGCGUUGGCUCAUAAGAGGGGACAGCAGGACCAGGUUGUGCUGGGUGCCAGGCUCGCCCGGGGGGCUCCUCUCUACUACUCUGGCAGUAGCGCUAGUCUUGGGGCUGUUUUCUCCAGUGCCCAGCUCUACCCUGUGCCCAAUGGGGAGCGCUCCAGCCCAGGUGCCUCCAGCCUGCACACCACCGACAGCCCCAAGUCCUACCAGAAUGAGGAGGAAGAGUUUGAAGACGAGGUGUAUGAUGGGGCCACAGAGGAACCUUAUGGGCAGGGCUGUGGGAGAACACCAGCCGCGUAUGCCAUCCAAGAGAAGUCCAAUGUUGCCACCAUGCCCAUCUCGUUGGAGAACCGCUCCUCUGUUCUCCUUCAAAGGGACCUGGUGGCACUCCCUGCCAGUCUCAUCAGCCAGAUUGGGUAUCGAUGCCACCCAAAACUGUACUCUGAAGGGGACCCAGGAGAGAAGCUGGAACUCGUAGCAGACUGUUUCCCUAUCUCAGGUACAGGGGUGUACGUUACCCGAGGGCAGCUGAUGAACUGUCACCUGUGUGCCGGCAUCAAACACAAGGUGCUUCUGCGGCGCCUGCUAGCUACCUUCUUUGACAGGAACACUCUAGCUAACAGCUGUGGGACAGGAAUCCGCUCAUCAACCAGUGACCCGAGCCGGAAACCACUGGACAGCCGAAUCCUCAAUGCUGUCAAACUGUACUGUCAGAAUUUUGCACCAAAUUUUAAGGAGAGUGAGAUGAACGUCAUUGCAGCUGACAUGUGCACCAAUGCACGCCGUGUCCGGAAGCGCUGGCUUCCCAAGAUCAAGUCAAUGUUGCCGGACGGGAUGGAGGUGUACCGGGGUGGAGUGCCCGGUGCUGGAGUGCCGGGGCAGGGAGCUGCUGGCCUGCUUUUCGAGCCUGAUUUCCAACCGCUGACCGUUGCCGGUUUUAGCUUUGAGCAGCGUAUCUACACUGAGCGCAAGGAACCAUUAAGAACUCAUCCCAGCCCCGGCCUAGAGCUGGAGGGAAGCCCAGACCCACCCUUCGAACCAGAGGGGCAGGAGCCUGAGGAGGAGGGGGAGGAGGAGGACGAUGUAGAGCUUGCUGAAGCCUCUGGGGGUCCACGGGCAGAGACCCCCCUCAAUCUUGCGGAAGGCAGCGGCGGCCGACAACACACACCCGAUAGACGGCAAGAGGAAAAUGGAGAACCACUGCAGAUACACGGGCAAUGAGUGUCCAGCAAAGGGAAACCUGUACACAAUCAACAGGCAUACAUACACUUACACACACACACACACACACACACACACACAUAGGCAUAUGAUGUUACUUUUCUUUCCCCCACAGUACCCCAAAUAUUACACACUGUUUCCUUACUGUGUCAACAGAAUUUCUAUCAGCAUGUUUUUGUUGAGAGUGCCAUACAAUUAAAAAUGGCAGUAACUAUAUAAAACUAUAGUAGUUUUAUACUAUAGUAUAAAACUACUGGGUGGAUUUUUAUUGAACAAAUAAAAAAGGAAACAUGGAAAGCUUGCCAUUUUUGUGUAUGAACUGCAUCAGUAUGGUUCUGGAAAGAAGAACCUAUAAAAAUGUAGCUGUAGAUACCCAAGAGAUAGAAAAUUGUACCUAAAGAAGGUUGUUACAUACAGGCAUAAAUUCAUGCACCUGCAAAUGUCUGCACACAAAAACAGCUGCUAGCGCUUGCACCCCACGUCAUAUGCACGCACACACAAUGCUUGCAUGAAUAACUAAUAGAGAAUACAAUUAUCAAGCCACUAACCUGCAAAAUUGCUUUGGUUGUCUGAAGAUGUACUGCAACAUUUCAGACUGCUUUUAUGAAGGAUUGUAGAUUCAGGGCUUUAAACUGCUGGAAACGGAGGUGAGGUGGGGUGGUUGGACACAAGGCUUGCUGAGCGAUUAGCCCCAGAAUUCGCCAAAAACCACAUUCAUCUGCCCUUUUGAGAGAAGCCUUUUUUGUAUUUGAUAUAAACGCCUGCUGGUUGUGUACAUUUGCACUAGAGAAGGGAAGUUCCUUGGAUGAGAGGAACAUGGACUGAGAAUUCUAAUUCAAUCUUGCAUCGGGUGGAACCACCUUCUGAAUAUGCUGGAGUUUGCCUGCAAGCUGCCUUGAUGAUCCAUUGACUGUUAAAAUAGCUUCAGCUGGUUUUGCACACUGCUGUCUGCAUGACAGGGGAGGUAAUGUAACAAAGGAGACGGAACCCCUUUCAUAUCCGAGACCAGCAGCUUUUCUGACCCUGACACCUGUUUGCGUUGACCGCCGUAAUUUAUUUUAGAAAACUAAAGAGACCACCAGAUAUGUUUGCACCUCACCUUUCUCUGUAAUCUUUGACAACCAACAUCUACUUUCUCAAACUCCUUGAGGUUUGCUAGGUCCACGAGAGCCAUUCUAUGACAUGCAGCUUGAAACAAAAACAUUACACUGGAAUUACCCAAUCGGGGUCUUGAACAUAUCCUAAAAUAAAAUAAAAUCCACUAGUUCUUAUUUCUGGUUCUCUCGGACACAACAGAUUGGCUCUCUUAAGAAUCCUUUUCUGUUGAGAUGCUGUCUGGGGAGGUGAAAUAGGGGGACUGUAGCCUUUUGCAGGAGCUUUGUUACUGGACCCCACUCCUCUGCACAGGGAAGGGGUCUGGGUAUUAUUGCACUAUGGUUUACAGGAAUGGUGAGAGAAUACUGGCCGACCUAAAGAAUGUGAAGUGGAUAUGUUUGUGCAUUUGUGUGUGUGUGUGGAUAGCACCUUUGCAAGCCUUUGCAAACUUUGUAUUAGAACAUAACACUAUUUUGCUAAAUUGGACACCAUAUGAAUGGGUUUGACAAGGAUUUGGCACUACCCCCUUUACAAAUUCUUUACUGUUAAUUUAAAAAAAAAAAAGUUCAGUGGCAAAGGUAUUUGGGGAUGUUUGGCAUGACUGUGGAGGCUCUUUGCAGCAGAUCUGUAGCGGUUUGGAUGGCCUUUGCUAAGUAAGUUUGCUGCAUUUCACUAUCUGCCCUUAAUCCCUUCUUCUGCUCCUGCUCAUGUCUUUUUUUGUUUUAACGUCUAGUUGAGCUCUUAAAAUAUACUGUGUUGCAACAAAGGUUAACUGUGUGGGCCUGCAAGAGGUAAAGGGACAUUCUCCUCCUUGUCUCCUUGACAGAAGCACAGCAAUAGCCAGUGCUAGAUAAAGGUCUGUGUUUCCUGAAGAUUGUGUCAAAAACAUUUUGAAUAUUGAUUUGAAGGAAAAAUUAGGAUCUCUUCCACAAUGAGGAGCUAUAAACGUUAAACGGAACAUAAUAAACUCAAUGACAAGCUUUUCAACUAGAUGUUAAUAUGCACCAAAGACCUUGAGAGAGACUUCUAGUUGAAACAUUGCCAUCUGAAUGUAUUACAUUUCUAAAAGUAGCACUAUUUUGAGUUUAAAAUCUGUGGAUCAUAAUGAGGAGCUGCUUGUAGAUUUUUGAGAAAAAAAUUGUAAUGUUUGUACUUUCAAUUUGUAAGAGAAGUAUGACAUGUAUAGUUUUAUAGCCAGUCUGGUAUUUGGCAGAAGCAGCUACACUGAGUGCGAAAGGCAUCCUUGUUGCAGGCCCAUUAUAAUUCUCUAGCCCCAGUAGGCAUUAGAGUCCAACAACUUGCCGUACAUGUCAGAUCUACAUUUUACAACUUUCUUAUGAAUUGAUUAUUCUCCAUUCUGGUAUUUUAACCAGAUAUGCAUCCAUUUGCAUGCGGGAAUGUAUGGAGAUACUAUAAGAACAAUGUAAAUAAACUGAAGUUCAAUGACAAAAGUUUGGAGUAGACGUUUUCAGUGUCUUCACCUGAAGUCCAAACGUUUUUAGAAAAGUUUAUUUUACUAUUUAUAAAUGUAGCACUACUGAUAGAACAGAAUGACAAUGUUGGCUGAAAAUCUCUGGAAAGAUUGCAUCUGGAGCUGUGAAUUGUGGGCGUUGGCAGCAGAUUACUCUAAUAUUUUGUCCAGUCAGUGCAGAACACAUCAUUUACUAUUAAGAAUGGUCAGCAAUGAUAUAUAUGUGUUAAUGACACAUUGCCAAAAUGAAAAAUGCAUGAAGACACAGAAUGCAUAGUGACAGCAUCUGUGUGGCUGACUGCUUGGGAGACCAAAGGAGAGGAUGUCGCUUUAGCGAUCCACGGUGAUGUUGAGUGAAAGGAUAUGGUUAGUGUGCUCCCCACAUGGGGGGAGGGGGGGGGAGUCCACCCGAGUGCCUUCAACUCCUUGGAUGUAGAGCAUGAGAGACUGAGGCUUCAUUUCCACUUGCUUGCUGAACAGGAGGAUAUUCGAAACGCAGCACUGCAGUUCAACAUAGUGUUGACACAGGUGCCUGAAAAAUUGACAUCUUCAGAGAUAGUGCUGAGCAGAGCACUGCUUCUGGCCCUGAACAAAUAAAAAGGGCACAAAUGCAUAUAUUUGUUGCUAAUCAUGUUUACAGGACCAGCCAAUAGGAGCACUCCCCUUCAACAGCGUUAUGAAUGUUUAAGAGUUUGAUGCUGUUAUUUAUCACACUUAAAUGUCAUUUGCGCUUUUCUUCACCCCUGCUAACUCAUAUGUUGCAUUGUUAGGAGAAUGCUGGGUGGUCCAUAUGAUAAUGCCUUUUGUCUGAGGUGUGCUUGGUUUACCUUUUCACAUUAAAGUUCAGGAUUUGCAGGAAUAACACCUGAACAUCUUAGGCACCUCCUUUGAGUUUUGAAGUAAUUCAUUUUCAGUUGAGCCCUGUUAAUUCCUGUGGAUUUAGUUAUUUGUUACAAGGAACACAGAAUAAAUAGGGGUAAUUUAAAUCCACAUGCAUUAACAGGGCUGAAUUCAACAUUAAUUGAUUCAGAACGUAGAGGAAGCGCAUAAGAUAUGCAGAUGUUGUUCCUGUGGCAUUCAGUCUGAAUUCGUUCUGAAUUUGCCACCAUUUGAAAGUGUUAUCGUGACGAUGCAAAAAAACAAGUUUGUGGAAAGUGCUUGUGGCAGUCAUCCCUUUCAGUACCCCAGGGUCAGACAACAGCAACAUGAAGGGGAUGUUACUGACUUUGUACUUUUAAAAUAAAGGAAAAUGACUUUUGAAUUGUAGUGGUUGGUCAUCAUUGGGCAAAUCUGUUCAGGGUGAAACAGAAGAAUGAUGACCUGUUUUGUGAUGGCAUGAAACCCCUUUGAGAAUGGCAAAGGCUGUAAAUACUUGACUUUCUUUCAGAAUUUGUGGAAACUUGAAUGUGAAUUGCUAGUGCUGCUUUCGAAUUGAAAUUGUAACCCUCAUCAGAACCUUUAUAAAUAUUUUUUAAAAAUAAAUAAAUAAGUUGACAUUUGGGAGCACAGAAUCAUCUACUUUUUAAGAGAAAAACCUUAAAUGAAUGGGUUAUUGAAACUUUUUUUUUUUUUUUGGUAAAGAUACAAUCUUCUAAAGUUUGAGUUAUCAAAUAUCUGAGUUUUGAAGUUAAAAGUACAUGAAACAUUGAAAGAAAUUUGGACUCAUUUCUACUAGUACAAAAAUAUAAUUGUAUGUAUCAUAGUGUGCGUAUAAUCAGCCCAAAGGAACUGCUGAGGGUGAAGUUACUGGAGCAUUUUGAACUGAGAGCCAAAAAGGUAGUUUUAAGAAGGGUAUACAGCCUCGGGAUGUCAUGUGUAAACUGAGACACACGGAGAAAAGCAAAUUCAAACAGGUUUGAGACUAUUUGUAAUGCACUGGUGUGUCAGAUUGUUUGACAUCAUUGCAAAAUGCUUUACAACAUGAAAGCAGCAUAGCAGACUGGCACUGUCUAAAAAGGUUUCAUUUUCUCAGUUCUCUCCAUUCUUUGUGAAAUGUAUUUCGAAAUUCCCAUUGUCUCUACAGAACUUUUGGUUUUGCUUCAUGGGAUGCAGAGAUCCACAAUGUGAAUUUCUAUGGAUCUACAUGCCUACCGAGCUGUAGAAAAAAAAAUAUAGAAGUUCUGCAGAAAUAUUACUUGCAGAAUUUCCAUGUACACACCACAGAGACUAAACAAAUCAAAGAAGGGGUCUUUUCUGUGCCUGACUGCACAUAAUGUGUUUUAUUUCUGCACCUACAGAUUGACAAACAAUAAAAGACUAGUGCCUCUGUAAACUUAGCCAAACGUUCCCAUGAUUGAGGUCCCCUGAAUCGUUUGCUGUUCUACUGAGGAGACUGUUUAGUUUUUUGUCUGUAGUCAACACUUUAGUUCUGUUGGCACUGUCCUGUAGCAUGAAUUCCUGGUGGCCUGACUGCUUGCCAUGACAAUCAAAUGGGGUCCCUGUUCUUCUUGUGGUGGUGGAGAGGCAUGUCUAUAUUAAAGCAACUGUAGUUAAUCAAAUUAUUUCCUAAUCAACCCUGUUUAAUAGCUACAUAGGUCUCAAAUGUGCAGUUUUGGAAGAAAUGUUAUAGCAAACCUGUGUUUUCAGUCAAAAUAUAUAUCUGGUACCACACAAGGUUGAAGAAAAAUCUCAGUUUCCAAUUUUAUUCUCUGGAAUUCUGUAACACUUCCUCAGAAGUGUCUUCUGCUCGAAGUAUUUUAGCGACAGUCAAUAGGGGGAGCAGCUAUUUGGUUAGUGACAUGAAAAAAGCUGGGAAAUUUAGUGGGAUCAACCAUUUUAUCCUCCAGGUGAAAUGCCAGAAUGUGCAAUUCUGCCUUUUUAACCUGCAAUAGUACCAGAUAGCAUAUAUUUACUAGGUUUACAAUUGUGUUUCUUUCAAAACUUCACAUUUUAAGACCUAUAUAACUGCUAAGACUGAUGGGAUUAUUUUGUCAGCUGUAAACUGGUGUUUUGUGUCAGUCUUCUUAAAUUUUGUCUUCUAUUCACACAGGCUCAUGCAGAUGUAAUGUUAUAACAACAUAAUGAUAUAGCAAGGAUAAAUCCACAAUUCACAUAACACUGACUUCAAAAGAAAAAAAAAGUGUUUUUCUUGUUUUGUUUUUUUUUUUUUUUUUAUUUCCUUUUAGAAAAAAAAAAUGCUGAGUAAAAGACUUUGUGAAUUUCACCCUUAGUGUUAAGUAAAUACUAAUGUACAGGGCAGUCGUGCCUGAGAAUUGAGAAUGGAUCUAUUUGUGUUUUAAUGGGGGGGGGGGGGGGGGGGAGAGUUGCAGUGCUAGAGGAUUUUAGAAUUGGGUUUAGUGAUCAUUUAAGGUGCCAGAUAACAAUAGCAGGGAUAUAAGCAGCGUGUUUUAUUUGCACUUUAUCAAAGCAAGUAGCAUGCAGAUUAAAUUCUGGUUGUGAUGGUUCUUAAUAUUACGGUCUUAUGUUUCAAAGCUCAAUGUUGAGCUGUCAAUUUCAGGUUGGAACAUAUAGGUGACGACACUCCGCUGGGCAUUUCUGCAGUGCGAUACCGCUAGCCCGCAGUCGGGCACACGAGUGGUAUGCACUAUGCAACUAACUUUCUGCUACAAUAUUGCAGAAAAGUCUAAUGGUAGUUAUCAGUGCCACGUUGUAGGCUAUGUACUUGAGUGUAAUGUACAUAUAUAGCCAAAAGUUUUCUAUCACCUAGAAUGUUAGGAUUGAGACAUUUUAUAUAAAAAAGUAAAAACUAUAUUGGCAUAAAUCAGAUCUUUUUAUUUAACCUCAUGCAAUUAAAGAAGCUACAAAAUGAUAUGGCAAAAAGUUUACCGGGAACCACGACAGUAUUUCAUGUUCAAUUUUGAAAUGUCACAUUUUUCAAUUUUUGGAAAGCUACAAAGCAAUAUGUAAUUCAA